UAUUAUAACCUUAUUUGUAUUCAGGUACACAAUUCGACAGAGAAUUAAUACUUUUGAUCAAAAUAAGGCGCACCUCUUUCGACACAUAUUUUAUAUAAUCAACGUAAGAACUUGGUACAGGACUGUAUGCAGUUAGGACGCACUUUUGCGUAGAGUCGAAUAUCAGUAAAGUCUACUACGUUACUGCAUAUAGUGACAGCUUUCUGGAGUUAGCAUGAACUGAGUAUUGGCUUCUAGUACACGUCAGCUGAUCAGACUUUUGAGUUUUAUUGGACAUCGAUUGGAUAUAGACGUAGAAUGAGCUCGUGUUUGUAAUAAGCCAGAAAUCUUAUAUUUGUACCAAUGGCUGAGAAAACUGAGGAAGAGAAAGCUCCAAGCUCUUCAGAGAACCUGACGUGUCCACUAUGUCUUGAUAUCUUCGACGAUGCAACUAUCCUGACUUCAUGCGGACACACCUUCUGUCGGAAAUGUCUCAAGAACUAUGACCUGUCCCACCAGGAUCUCGAUCACAUGAUCUGUCCUCUCUGCAGGAAGAUCACCAAGUUAUCUGCGAACCGUGUCGAUGAUUUCCUCACCGAUGUGACUGUCGAUGGACUUGUAGACAAUUACCGCGCCAAGUGUGGAGGGAUGAACGCUGUCCUUGAGAUGAGUCCAAAAUGCACUGCUUGCAAGUUUCAGCAAGAUGCCGUCUCAUUCUGCUGUACUUGUAAUAACUACAUUUGUGAUAAGUGUCGGGAAUGUCAUCAAUAUCUUAGAGUCUUUGAUGGUCACGAGAUUGUAUCAAUACAGGAUAUCAUCAACGGGAAGGUCAGCAUUGGUCAUCUAUCCGAGAAGUGCUGCAUCCACAAACAAGAGAACAAAGAUAUGUUUUGUGAGGAUUGUAAGGUCCAUGUCUGUCUUAAGUGCGUGAUCAUCGGUCAUCAAUAUCACAAAAUCAAGAACCAGGCUGACUUCGAGAAGCAGUUACGUGUUAAAGUGAACGACCUUGUCCAGCGUUGUGCCGCUAUGAAAUCAGAACUGGAAAAAAACAUUCAGAAUGUGGAAGUACAACGCCAUGAAGUAAACACUGUCGUGCAGAAACUACUGGACGAUGCUACUCAAGCCUACAGCAUCAAAGCCAGAGAGCUUGAAGAAAGUCAUCGAAAUCUCAUCGAGCAAAUCAAUGUCGUAAAGCGGAGUUUCGAUGACGACCUCAACGUCUUGAAAUCCAAGGAUCGACAGAGGAUCAAGAGUAUUUGUAGUUCAAUAACACUGGUAGCUCAUGGCAGACUAGGUCGUCUUGAGACAGACAGUCUGUCUGCUCAUACCUUGCUCUGUGAGGAGCUGGAUGCCAUGCUGAAGAAGGCUACUGAUCACACUUCUGCAGCAGCUAUUACGAAGAAAGCACAGACAAAGAGAUUCAAGCCUGCAGAUGAUACUCGUCUUGAACUCGGGAGCAUCUCAGAAUCAGCUACUGAUCACACUUCUGCAGCUGCCAUUACGAAGAAAGCACAGGAGAAGAGGUUCAAGCCUGCUGAUGAUACUCGUCUGGACCUCGGGAGCAUAUCAGAAUCAGCUACUGAUCACACUUCUGCAGCUGCCAUUACGAAGAAAGCACAAGAGAAGAGGUUCAAGCCUGCUGAUGAUACUCGUCUGGACCUCGGGAGCAUCUCAGAAUCAGGUACUGAUCACACUCCUGCUGCAGCCAUUAUGAGGAAAACGCAGAAGAAGACGUCCAAGCCUGCAUAUGAUACUCGUCUGGACAUCGGGAGCAUCUUAGAAUCAGAUCCUAAGUUGCAAGUCAUUCAGUGUGUGAAGCUACGGGGAUUAAUGACGGGAAUGACCCCUUACUCUGAGGGCAGUCUAGCUAUCGGAUAUUUGGAUGCACAAGGUAUAGAUAUCAUUGACUCAGCUGGUAAAAAGCACCAAUAUGCAAACAUACCAAGAAACAUGAUAUGUUAUGAUCUUGUGUUUCAACAAGACAGGUCGUUAUGCAUAUCAACGAGUUCAACAGAAGCACGCAUAUAUUCUCCCAAUGGAUCCAGGAGAUCAACCAUCCACGUGAAAGACAAUAACUUUCUCAAAUUAAACAGAAGUCCAUCAGGUGAAAUCCUCAUCGCUAACUAUGAGUAUAAAGUAUAUAUCUAUGACCCGACUGGAUCCACUCUCAAACACAUUGUUUCAACGAAACACAACAAGACGCUCCAGGUAUCUGCCACCAGGUCGGGUUUGAUCGUCACGAGUUCAUGUCAUUGCCCCUAUCCAGGCGUGGUGACGGUCUAUGACAGGGAUGGGAAUGCUGGUAAGUCUCUACAAGCUCCAAACGGUGUCCUCCUGUAUGCUGCCGUGGAUGAGCAGGACAGGGUGUAUGUAGCGAGUGUUGAUCGUAAGAAGGGUAAUGUGGUGAUCAGGCUCUAUGACCUUGAUGGUCUGAAUAUGAAGGAAAGAGUUGAGUUCAAUGUACUUAAACUGACGCUUAACUAUUGUACUGUUUGGUGUUACUUGGUUUCCCUCUCACCAAACUUGCUCGCGUUUGCUAACGAGAUGUUGUAUUUUAUCAAAGUAUCACGGUAAUCCAGCUCACACUCUAAAUUACCAUUUUGAAGUGUACCUCUUUGCAUGCUCUAACCCUCUCUAACAUUGGCCCACAAAGUACAACAUUAUAUUAUUUAUUACGUGAACUAAACGAAUGAGAAGAUGCCCAUUAUCUCGAAAGAUUGUGCCUGUACACAGUUGUCAUUAUCCAAACAAAAUGAUUAAGUCCCUCUCUCAAAAUAUUAUGUAAAUACAUAUGCUUCUUGCAUUCUGUAAAUGUUUUCAAUAUGAUAUUUAAAGAGUUAAUUGGUACUGCAGAUCGAAGAAUAGCAGCAAAUACGGAUAUACUAGAGCUUUUCGUCUGGCACUCACAGUGCUUGCGAUUUACUCUGAUAAGUGCAAGAUGAAAAUCUUUAGUAUGUCAGUUUCCAUUGCUAUACUCUUUGAUUGAUAUUUUAUUUUGUUUGUGUGUGAGAAAGCACAUACUGACUACAUAUUGAAUGUUAGAGCAAACAAAAGUGUCUGGUAUCAACAUUCCCUUAUCCCUUUUCCUCUCUUUCAUUGUAAAAGAUUUUCAACGCUACCUCAAAGCAAUGCAAAACUUUACAAAUUUCAAAUUUGAAGUUAAGGGGUACCUAUCACUUAAGACUGAAGAAAAAGAAGCCAAUGAUAUGCCAUAUCGCAUUA